CUGCGAGGCUCAAGCUAGUCUUAGGUGGGAAGCGCACCGUGUCGGGGCAAAACGUCCCGCUGAAGCCGUGGAGAACUGGCUCUGCGGGAUGGCAGCGCCUGAGGCGGAGCCUGAGGCCUUGAUGAAGCAGCUGGACGUCGCGCGCGGCCUGGAAAAUUUGCCUGUGAGCGCGUGGCCCCCGGGGGCGGAGCCAGAGCCUUUUCAGUAUACGCCUGAUCAUGUAGCCGGGCCUGGAGCAGACACUGAUCCCACUCAGAUAACCUUUCCCGGAUGCGUUUGUCUAAAAACUCCCUGCCUCCCUGGUACUUGCUCCUGUCUCCGUCGUGAGAAGAACUAUGAUGAUGAGUUAUGCCUUAGACAUAUAGGAUCCGAAGCAAAGUGCGCUGAGCCAGUUUUUGAGUGCAAUGUCCUGUGUCGGUGCAGCGACCACUGCAGGAACAGAGUGGUCCAGCGGGGUCUGCAGUUCCACCUCCAGGUUUUCAAGACAGAUCACAAAGGCUGGGGUCUUCGUACAUUGGACUUUAUACCAAAAGGACGGUUUGUCUGUGAAUAUGCUGGCGAGGUUUUAGGAUUCUCGGAAGUACAGAGAAGAAUUCAACUACAAACAGUACAGGAUUCGAAUUACAUUAUAGCCGUCAGGGAGCAUGUUUAUAACGGGCAGGUGAUGGAAACGUUUGUUGAUCCUGCCUCUCUAGGAAACAUUGGAAGAUUCCUUAACCAUUCUUGUGAGCCAAACCUGUUGAUGAUUCCUGUCCGAAUCGACUCGAUGGUACCCAAGUUGGCACUUUUUGCAGCCAAAGACAUUCUGCCAGAAGAAGAACUCUCUUAUGACUAUUCAGGAAGAUUUCUUAAUCUAAUGGAUAGUGAAGACAAAGAAAGGUUAGAUAAUGGGAAAUUAAGGAAACCUUGUUAUUGUGGUGCCAAAUUGUGUGCUGCUUUCCUGCCUUACGACAGUUCACUGUACUGCUCCUUAGAAAAGCCAAACACGAGUGAGGAAGGAAAAGUAUAGGAGAAACGUGUGGAAGAGGAUGAGGAGGAACCGAGCACGUGUGGCUUAGCCCUUCCUGGGAUCCCCCCUUACAAGCAGCUUGCUCUCGAGGUCAGUCUCCGCUCUGUGGCAAGCAGCUUGCCCCUGUCUAUAGGGGGGCCCGGUGGUUGUCUGGCGUCUGCCACUUCCUGGCUGCAGAAGUUUAACUCAGGAAUAUGGCAGAGAUUACAGAUUGUCCAGCAACACUCUCACUCCACUUCUGUCACACAAUUCUCAGUUUUUAGCUGGGUGUAUAUAUGACUGCUGAGAAUACUCACUUUUCCUAGUGAGAUGCGGUGAAGGGACUGUGUCGUAGCUAGUGGGAUAUGCGGGGAAAUGGUGUGUCCUUAAAUGGAGAUAUCCUUCCCUUAUCCCACUCUUUUUUCUUCUUGGCUGGAAUGUGUACAUGAUAAGUGGAGCUGGAGCAUCCACCCUAGACCCCAAAAUGACCUUGGAAAAGGCAGCCACACACAGAAAAUCAGCAAAACUGAAAGGAGUCGGGGGGGGGGGG